GUCAUAUGGAUCACUCCACAAUGGCACCAUCAACGCAAACACCAUCCUCCAUCACCGCCAUCCUCCCCUCCAUCUGCUCCUCCUUCCGACAUCCCUCCCCUACACCUCAGCCUGCAAGUUCUACCGAUCCUCACCCUUUCCCACCUCCAUCUCCCGCCUCGCCCUUUUCCUAUAGCUAGCCACCGCAACCGGCAACAUCACCGCCCACCUCGACCCAACCGCCCAU